AAAAAAAAAAAAAGGAAAAGAAAAAAAAAAAGGAAAAGAAAAACAAAAACAAAAAUUCCCCCCAAAAGGAGGCGGCGGCAACGGUGGAGAAGCCGCGGCAGCGGCGCGCUGAGCCGGCCAGGCUCUGUGGAGCACAGGGAUGAGGAAGCCUCGGCGGAGGUGCCGGCAGCACGCGGAGGGGCGGCGUUCUCCCUCGCCCUACAGCCUCAAGUGCUCGCCCACGCGCGAGACGCUGACGUACGCGCAGGCGCAGCGCAUCGUGGAGGUGGACAUCGACGGGCGCCUGCACCGCAUCAGCAUCUACGACCCCCUGAAGCUCAUCACCGAGGACGAGCUGACGGCCCAGGACAUCACCGAGUGCAACAGCAACAAGGAGAACAGUGAGCAGCCCCUCCUCACUUCCAAAUCCAAGAAAACACCUUCCAAAGGCAAGAAGAAGGAGUCCUGCUCCAAACAUGCGCCGGGGAUAUCUUUGCACUUGCCCCAGCCCAAGUUCCGUGUGGUGGACUCCUUCAGCCAGCCAGAUGCUCCUCCCCUCCCUGCUGCCUACUACCGGUACAUCGAAAAGCCUCCCGAGGACCUCGACGUAGAAGUGGAGUAUGACAUGGACGAGGAGGAUCUGGCUUGGCUGGAGAUGGUCAACGAGAAGAGAAGGGCUGAUGGUUAUGGGACAGUUUCUGCUGACACUUUUGAGCUGCUGGUGGAUCGGUUGGAAAAGGAGUCGUACCUCGAGAGCAGGAACAACGGGGCUCAGCAGUCCCUCAUCGAUGAGGAUGCCUUCUGCUGUGUCUGCAUGGACGAUGAGUGUCACAACAGCAAUGUCAUCCUGUUCUGUGACAUUUGCAACCUGGCCGUGCACCAGGAGUGUUACGGCGUGCCCUACAUCCCCGAGGGGCAGUGGCUUUGCCGCUGCUGCUUGCAGUCCCCUUCUCGCCCCGUGGAUUGUGUCCUUUGCCCAAACAAAGGGGGAGCCUUCAAGCAGACCAGUGAUGGCCGCUGGGCUCACGUGGUCUGUGCCAUCUGGAUCCCAGAGGUCUGCUUUGCAAACACUGUGUUCCUGGAGCCCAUCGAGGGGAUCAAUAACAUCCCUCCAGCUCGGUGGAAGCUCACGUGCUGCAUCUGCAAGCAGAAGGGCAUGGGAGCUGCUAUCCAGUGCCACAAGGUGAACUGUUACACUGCCUUCCACGUCACCUGUGCACAGAGAGCCGGUCUCUUCAUGAAGAUUGAGCCCAUGAGGGAGACCAGCAUCAACGGCACCACGUUCACCGUGCGCAAGACUGCCUACUGUGAGAGCCACUCCCCGCCUGGCACGGUGAGAAGAGGGUGCCCAGCUGCUGGUGGUGAUUGGCAGGAGGUCACUGUGAAGGAGGAGGAAGAGGAGGAGGUCAGUUCUGGCCCUCCCAAAGGGUCUGUGAAGAAAAACCAAGUGAAAUUGAAGCAAAAGAUCAAAAAGGAGCCUGGUGACGUGACCAAAGGGCGUUCGUCCAUGCCCGUGGUGACCGUUGCACAAAUUCCCUCUUACAGGCUGAACAAGAUCUGCAGUGGGCUCUCCCUGCAGAGGAAGAACCAGUUCAUGCAGAGGCUGCACAACUACUGGCUGCUGAAGCGGCAGGCGAGGAACGGGGUGCCCCUGAUCCGGCGGCUGCACUCGCACCUGCAGUCCCAGAGGAACGCCGAGCAGAAGGAGCAGGAUGAGAAGACGAGUGCAGUGAAGGAGGAGCUGAAGUACUGGCAGAAGCUGCGGCAUGACUUGGAGCGGGCUCGGCUGCUCAUCGAGCUCAUCCGAAAGAGGGAGAAGCUCAAACGGGAGCAGGUCAAGGUGCAGCAGGCUGCCAUGGAGCUGCAGCUGACCCCGUUCAAUGUCCUGCUCCGCACAACCCUGGACCUGCUGCAGGAGAAGGAUGCUGCCCAGAUCUUCACAGAGCCUGUCAACCUGAACGAGGUUCCAGAUUACCUGGAAUUCAUUUCCAACCCAAUGGAUUUUUCCACCAUGAGGCGGAAGCUGGAGUCCCACCUGUACCGAACCUUGGAUGAGUUUGAGGAAGACUUUAACCUUAUAGUUGCCAACUGCAUGAGGUAUAAUGCUAAAGACACGAUUUUCCACCGAGCAGCUGUCCGGCUCCGGGACCUCGGGGGAGCGAUUUUGCGUCACGCGCGGCGCCAGGCCGACAGCAUCGGCUUUGACACUGGCGUGGGGAUUCACCUGCCUGAGUCGCCCAAGCCCCACGACUUUUACCGCUUUUCUUGGGAGGAUGUGGAUAACAUCCUGGUCCCGGAGAACCGGGCCCACCUGUCCCUGGAGGCGCAGCUGAAGGAGCUGCUGGAGAAGCUGGACACGGUGAGCGCCAUGCGCUCCAGCGGCGCCCGCACGCGGCGCGUCCGGCUGCUGCGGCGCGAGAUCAACGCCCUCCGCCACAAGCUGGCCCAGCAGCAGCACGGCAAGGCCCUGCCCAACGGGGACGGGCCGGACACGGCGCCCAGGGAAGGGGAGGAGGAAGGGGAGAAAGGAGAUGGUGGCAAGCUCCCGUACCCUCCAACCCUGGAGCCCACCGGACCUGCACCCACCCUCUCAGAGCUGGACUCUCUGCAGGACCCUCCAACACUCAAACCCAUCAGUGAAAGCAGGCCCCUGAACCAGCUGCAGAGGAGGAUGGUGUCCGACAGGGAGCUCUUUGACAAGAAGGCUCUGCAGCAGGAGAGCCAGGCCUUCCAGCGCCUGCUGUCCAACAACGGCCUCAACGGCCUGGCCCUGCCCCCUGCAGACAGCCCUGCCAGCCCCGCCCUCAGCAGCGUGGGCCGGCGGACCUCGGUCCUUUUUAAAAAAGCCAAGAACGGCGUGAAGCUUCAGAGGGGUCUGGAGUGCUCCCUGGAGAACGGGGAGGAGCACAGGCAGGGCGGGCAGCGCUCACCCUCCUGCCCCGACGGGGAGCGGCAGGCACGGAAACGCUCUGCCCUGGGCUCUGGGCUGGUGUUUGAGGCCUGCAGUGGUUUGGUGCCUCCCAAGCGGAGCCGAGGGAAACCGGCUCUUUCUCGGGUGCCCCUCCUGGAGGGUGUGAAUGGAGACUCUGAUUUCAGUGGCUCAGGCAGGCCUCUCCUGAUGUCCUUUGAGAGCCAGGCUGAGCUGGAGCCCCUGGAGCUGGUGUGGGCCAAGUGCCGUGGUUAUCCCUCCUACCCUGCCCUGAUCAUCGACCCCAAGAUGCCACGCGAGGGUUUGCUGCACAACGGGGUCCCCAUCCCUGUGCCCCCCAUGGAUGUCCUGAAGCUGGGGGAGCGGAGGCAGACAGAGGCAGGAGAAAAACUCUUCCUUGUCCUUUUCUUUGACAACAAGAGAACCUGGCAGUGGCUGCCACGGGACAAAGUCUUUCCCCUGGGUGUGGAUGACACCGUGGACAAGCUGAAGAUGAUGGAGGGACGCAAGACCAGCAUCCGCAAGUCGGUGCAGGUGGCCUACGACCGAGCCAUGAUCCACCUGAGCCGAGUGCAGGGGGACAACCCCUUCAUGCCAGCCCCCUACCUGUGAGGGGCUGCUGGGGCAGCCCUCCUGCUCCUCCGCACCUCCAGCUCCCUGCACUGACAGGGCAGCACCUCCAGCAGCGGGCAGCUCGCCUCGGAGUACCCUGAAAUGUGCCAAAAACCCUUGUCCGGCUUCUUCCUGAAUGUGUCUUGUGAAGAGCUGGCAGGAGAUGAAAUGUAGUCUACAGGGAGUAAGGUAGGUAGGGAAAGCUGACAGGUGACAGGAGCCAAGGUGAGUUGCUGCAGUGAGCAGAGCACACAGCACUUGGGUGUUGGGGCCUCGUGCACCGUCCCCUGCCUCUGUGGACUGCCAGGGUUCUGAGUCGUCAGCCAGUCCCAGGUAAUUCCUGGGAACCUGGCACCCCCAGGAUUCCUUACAGAAAUCCCAGCUGGACUUUCUUGUGCCAAAUUUACCCUAAUCAUUGGCCUUUUCAUUUUCCUUUAAAUGGCAUUGUCCUGUCACAUAAAAACCACACAGAAUCAUAGCUGGGAGCUCUCAUUGUGACUCUCCUGCCUACCUACAUUGUGUUUUCAUGUUUAGAUUUCUCUCACUGCAUUUAGAAAAGCUUGAGAUUUCGGUAACCUUCCCCCCCUGCACAGUUUCAUGCACAGAUGCACAGAGCUUUAAAGAAGAAAAUCAAAUUACCUGAUGUGUGUCUAUAUGUAUGUCUUUAGAAAUUGAUUUUGUAGUUUCACAUUUCAGUUCUGAUUUCUGUGACUCUGCUUGUUGUAGUAACAUUUCAUAUCAUGACUUAGCACAGUACCUAAGAAAAGAUAACUUCCUUUUUUUAAGAAGUAAUUUUGGAGGUGUCUGUUGAGCUGGAGCAGCUCUUCAGGCACUGAGGUUGAUCAGGGUCGGAGGGAGAUGCAUCUUUUGUGUUGGUUUAUGCACAUUUGGUGUAAGGCUCCUCUUCCUUUUUCCCCCCCUCCUCUUUCCUGUCUCCCUGUUUUCCUCUGCCCCGUUUUGGACUGAAAGCAAGCACUGACCAGAGCACACGACCCUUCUGCUGUUUCACCUUCUCCCACACGUGCACAUCCUUCCCUGGUGUGUGGGUCUGCAGUGUUGUCAUCCAGGUAAACCCAGACAAUCCCUGUUGGUUUGGGUUUGCAUUGCAAAAAAAAACAAAAA